UUAGUUUUAAAUUUGUGUUCAGUAGAGGUGCAGAAGGGAGUGUAUGGCAUCAGUGUGGAGGACGGCGGCUGAGCCGUGGCGGGAAGAGUUGCGGGCAAGAGCAAGAGACGUUACGGCGGCAGUAAGCAAAGAGCCACAGGAGAGGGAUGAUGCGCACGUAUCACCGCUCCUCUGUUGUGAAUGUAGUGAUGUUGUGUUAGUGCGUGUAGUGCCCUGUGUGCAUUGAUCAGGCCUUAUGGCGGCACCGGACAACAGCCCACACCUUAAGCGCGUGUUGCGCAAUUAUCAAAAUAGUGCGAUGUCCAGUCUCCAUGGGCCGGGACCUAACUGUUACCUAAAUGACACGGGCAGGAUGGGCGUAAGUAAAAAGUUGGCAGAUUAUGAUGAGUCUCCUUCAAUCAAACAACUGGACGCCACCACCAAGCACGAGCUGUACCGCGGGUUGAGCUUCAAGAAAGCUCUGCUUUACGAAGUGGACUCUCUCAAUAAGAGCAAGGCCGAGAAUGGCUCUCGCUGCAUUGUUGAUAUUGAGAUGGAGGAGUCGUGGGUGGAACCCGGAGUGUUGUUAGCACCGGCGCCCUUCCCGCCGCAACCUUGGCCUGGGUUGGCCGCCGCGGACAAGGGUUCUCCGGGUGCAGGCUGGGUUCGGGAGACCCUGCUCGACGGGGAGCCCAUCACGUGCUUUUAACGUGGUGGAGAGAAGCGACUAUGUUUGCUGCAGAUCUUGAAUACUGUCUUGCGUGACUUCUCACUGAGCCAGAUCAACGCCGUUUGUGAUGAACUGCGUAUUUAUCUUGAUGGCUGUAACGAGGCGCAGCUGGACGCCUUGCGGGUCGCAGGAGUCCUUCCCCACACCGCCCCUUCCUGCGGCCUGAUCACUAACACAGACGCCCAGAGACUUACUCAAGCCUUGCUGUACGCCCAUCCUACCCGCGCCCCGGUCCCUGCCCCCUCCAAGCCUCAGGAUCACCCGCAGCUCCGUGUUUAUCACACCUGCUUUGGAAAGUGUAAAGGGUUGGUGUGGGAUGACUUGUACACCAGCCCUACUGCCGCCUGCAUUGAGUGCGAGGAGUGCCACGGCUUGCUGCCCCGGCACGCUUCUGUCUGCCACGCCCACAGGUCUCUUGAAAAUCAGACCAUUCACUGGGGAUUUGAUGCAGAGCAGUGGCGAACCUACCUUCUCUUGGCUAAGGACCAACAGCUUCCCAUUGAAAAGGCCGAAGCUCAGUUGAAAGCUUUCAAGAGCAAGUUCGAUCCUGUCGGUGGAAACUACAAGCGCAAACAGGUACUGUAACCUUUCGCAAUACUUUAUUGAAGUUUA